CUCGGGAGUUGAGAAAUUGAGAUAUUCAACGACACCACCCACCCACAAAACAAAAGCAAGAAGACAAUCCCCAGUGCUCCUUUUGUCUUUCUCUUUUUGGUGGGCCCACUUCUGUUUCCGGGUUUUCCCCUUCAUUCGGGUUUUACAUUUGUGGGGAAUUUUCUCGGGCAAAGACAAAGCACUCCCUUUUUCACUGUGAUUCCUUCACUCUUUUCCAGUCUUUUCACACAAAAGAUUGCAUCUUUUCUUGAUUUUGGCAUGUGGGUUCAUCUCCUGUUUCUCUGUACUUGAGAGAGUCAAUUUGGUUGUUGGGUACUUCAGAUUUCGUAGGCUUUUUGGGUUCUACUGUUUGAUGAUUUGAUGUCUUCCAGUACCGUUGGAGCUGUUUCUAACUCCAAGAACAUGGGGUUUGAUGUGGAAAAGGAGGUUGGAGAGAAGAGUGGAGUUGAAGAGAGUGGUGAUGAAAGGGUAGGGAAUGUCAAGAGAAGCAUGAGUGAGGAGGCGUCUUUUUGUGCAACUGAAGAUGAUGAUGAAGAUGAAGAUGAGGAAGGAAGAAGUAAAAUCCAACUUGGUCCUCAGUAUACCCUUAAAGAACAGCUUGAGAAAGAUAAGGAUGAUGAGAGUCUAAGGAGGUGGAAGGAACAGCUCCUUGGGAGUGUGGAUGUGAGCAAUGUUGGAGAAGCACUGGAACCGGAAGUGAAGAUCCUCAGUCUUUCAAUCCUCUCCCCAAACAGACCAGAAAUUGUUCUUCCUAUUCCUGAAGAUGGAAACCCCAAAGGCUUGUGGUUUACUUUGAAAGAAGGUAGUCGAUACAGCUUGAGAUUCUCUUUCCAAGUCAAGAAUAACAUUGUAUCCGGGCUUAAGUACACUAACAUGGUUUGGAAAACUGGUUUGAAAGUGGACAGCACAAAAGAAAUGCUUGGAACCUUUAGUCCACAGCAAGAGCAUUACACACAUGUGAUACCCGAAGAGACCACCCCCUCCGGCUUUUUUGCUAGAGGUUCAUAUUCUGCAAGAUCGAAGUUUGUUGAUGAUGAUAACAAAUGCUACUUGGAGAUUCACUACACAUUUGACAUCCAGAAGGAUUGGGCCACACCUUAAACAAAUGACUUCUUGGCCGGCGGCAUUAGUAUCCUUCCACAAUGUCCUCUUCCAAUUCAUUCCAUAAUGAUGCCAGAUUGCAUAGUGAUUGUGACUAGAGAGACUCACCCAUUUAUGAAAAGAGCUUGACAUGUCUUUUAGGUAGUCUUUUUUCCUGUAGUAAGUUCCUCGGCAGUUACGAGCUGGCUAAGAUAGAUUUUGUGGUGGAAUUGUUUUCAGCUUUCUGAACUUCUUUUAUUCAGACGAACUAUUUGGUGUAUCUUAUUGACAAUGAGAAAGGAUAGGAUUGUGUUAAGAGUUAGAGAGAAGUGCAGGCAAUAGAUGGGUUCUGUUACAUUUUUUUUU